ACUGCCAGGUUCCUGUGCCACAUGUCAAUUGUAGAGUCUGAGCAGUGGCGUUGGCAGUGUGUGUAUAUUGAUACUCAGCAUGAUCGUUCCCAUUCUGUUCCUCCUGACUCUAUCCCUCUGCUCUGUUGGGGCAGAAGGUGAGACCGUGUUCGAGGAUGAAGGGAAAGGACAGGAGGGGGAAGGAAAACUGAAGGAAGAGGAGAAACAAUUUGAAAAUCCAAUCCCCCCAAAAGAUACACCAAGAAGAGUUUGGAUGCUGAACAAUAUCUCCAGUGUUGAAGCUUUCAUCAAUGAUGCUCCAGUUUCUGUUAUUGGUUUUUUCAAGGAUCUGCAUUCUGAGGAUGCCGAUGUCUUCAAUGAAGUGCUCCACAGAGUGAAGAAUUUACCCUUCGCUAUCAGUUCUGAUGUCGCGGUUUGGGAGAAAUAUAACAUCACCAACAAUACCAUCAGUCUGUUCAAGAAGUUUGACGAAGGGCGUGCUGACUAUGAGCUGAAAGAUAAGGAGAUGGAGCCAAGUCAAGUCAUUCAGUUCCUGAGACACAAUGAAAUGCGCCUGGUGAUCGAAUACAAUCGUAUGGAUGCAAGUCAGAUUUUUGGCUCUGGAAUUCCCAUUCAUCUCCUGCUCCUGGUGAGCAAGAAAUCAUCAGAAUAUGAACCACUCCUAAAGCAGUUUCAAACUGUUGCUCCUGAGUUUCGCGGGGAGGUGAUUUUUAUUCUGGUUGACACAGAUGUGAGAGAAAAUAGUGGUGUGAGUUCAUAUUUCAGCGUGAAGGAAGCUGAACUUCCUGCAGUCUGUCUCUAUCAUGUUGUGACUGAGGCAGUGGAAGUGAUGAAGGCCAGUGACAUGGGCACCGAGUCCUUACGGCAAUUCUGUAACAACUUCAUAGAAGGAAAAGAGAAGAGCACUGUGAAACCUCCAAGACCUCCGUCUGAAGAAUUGUAAAUCAUCAGGAAUGGAUAUUUUCUUUACUUGUUUGCAUUUUCUUACAUUACACUCACAGCAAUCGUCACAAAUAAAGCUACAAGAUUCACUGUGAAAGGAUUGGUUAAUGAUUCC